AUAAUCACUGUUUAUAUAUUACACUAUAAAACACAUGUUUAUUAUACAGUAGUGUUAAUAUCACAACAACAACACAAACAAAUUGCAAUUUGUUAACUAAAUUAUAGCAGUUAUUAUCAUCACAUUUUUUGUGGUGGUCUGUCAUACUAUCCCAUCCAUUCACCCGCCGACCGAUUGACACCAAACACAAUAUGGCCGACCAGACAACCGGUGCCGAUCAGAUCAAACAGUUCAAGGAUUUUAUAUUGAAUUAUAAUAAACUAUCGGAAAUUUGUUUUACCGAUUGUGUCCACGAUAUGACAUUACGUACGGUUACCACCAAAGAGGAACAAUGCGCUAACAAUUGUUUCGAUAAGUUUUUGAAAAUGAAUCAAAGGAUUAGCCAACGCUUUCAAGAGAUACAACUUCAGCAAACAGAUAGACAACAACUUCAACCACAACAACAAUGAUGAUGAAGAUAAUGACAAUCAUAUCAAAUGACAAUAAUAGCCAUACAUUUUUUAUAAUUAAUUAAUUAUUAUUAUACAACACUUAUUUAGAUAUGAUAUCUUAAAUAAUAGUCUUAUUAUUAUUAUUAUUA